AUGACGACCAAUCAGGACAGAGUAUCAGUCCAGUUCUUAACGUGUGGAGAGCAAUGAGGCGUGUGUUAAUGUUUCCUCUGACAUCACUUCUCCCCCUCCUCGUUCUCCUCCUCAGGUUCUUCCGGGGCGAGUACACGGUGGAGGUGGCUAUCAACGACUACCUGGACAUCUACUGCCCGCACUACGAGGUGGCGGAGUCGUCGGAGCGGAUGGAGCACUACAUCCUGUACAUGGUGAACUACGACGGGUACACCACCUGCGACCACCACAGGAGGGGCUUCAAACGGUGGGAGUGUAACCGCCCCCUCAGCCCCAACGGACCACUCAAGUUCUCCGAGAAGUUUCAGCUGUUCACGCCGUUCAGCCUGGGCUUCGAGUUCAGGCCGGGCCACGAGUACUACUACAUCUCUUCUCCUCAUCCGAACCUGGCCGGGAAACCAUGUCUGAAACUGAAGAUCUACGUCAAACCAACCAAUGACUCGGUGUACGAGUCUCCUGAGCCGUUCCUGACAGACGACACCACCGGCGGCUGCAGCCUCGCUCUGCCCCGCCUCCCCCUGCUGUCGGCCAUGAUGCUCGCUCUCCUUCUCCUCCUCCUGGCCUCCUCAUAGCACCGCCUCCUCCUCGUCACUAUCUCCCUCUCAGGAGGCAGGAACACAUCCAGCUCCCUCUCCUCUGACCUCCACCUUGAACAACACGCAGCAGCUCAGCCAAUCAGAGGAGGCCGAGCUGACAGGUGGAGUUUCUGAAGCGCUGCCAUGGCAACAGGUGGAGCCUCUGUUGACUCCAUGUUUUGAUUUUUCACUCUGAUACUCUUCAUUUAAUGCAGAUGUUUACACUUUGCUCAGACGUCCAACAUCUGCAUCGACAGUGCCAGAAAAACGUUUUUAUGUUUCAUUAAUGCCAAAACUUCGUCCUGCUGAGGGUUCACACGUUUUCCUACAUUUUAUAUCAAACAAAUAAAACUUAAAGGGCCACACCCGUGUUUGAAAGGAUUGAGCUGCUUACAUACAAAGAAACAACAAAGGAGAGUCUGGAGCGCUCAGAAG